CAGUGUAUUCCUUUCCUUCUUCUCUCAGCUUUCAGCUGGCACUCUGUUACACUUCUUAAAUCAAACACAGCGAUGAUGUUCGAAGAAAUUUCUACCUUUAUCACCACUAAUUUACGGAUUUCACGAAACAUAGCGACAGAUAGAAAUUUCUACUUGUCGUUCGAGUAAGAUCUUUAUUCGUCGAUGGAGGGUUUAAUUUCCGCGAGCGGCGAACGCCGACUAGUUAAAGCAGUAUGCGCAGUUGUAAUAAAGGGGUACUGGGACAAACUCUUGAAACCAAAGAUUGGUUCUUUAGUGACGUCAUCUGUCAUGAACCAAUCAUUGCUGGAUCUUUCUCCAUACUCGGUUUCAAUUUCAUGGUCCUUCUUCAAAUGGGUCGACACGAUUCCACAGUACAAGCAUUCCUUGCAAUCUUCUUGGUUGAUGAUAUGCAUCCUCACAAAACAGAGGCACCUCAAAACUGCUCAGAAUUUGCUCGAAAAGAUCGCCCGGAGAGAUUUCUUGUCGUCUCCGACUGUUUUGAACGCCCUCGUAAACAGAGACGGUGACUCGGGUGUGAAUUCGCAUGUUCUGAGCUGGCUGGUGAUAUUUUAUGCCAAUUCGAAGAAGAAUCCGGAUGCACUCCAAGUGUUUGAUCAUAUGCGCGUGUGUGGUUAUAAGCCCCAUUUGCACGCUUGUACCGUGCUUCUUAAUUCGUUGGUCAAAGAGAGGCUGACCGAUACUGUGUGGAAAGUCUACAAGAAAAUGAUGAAAGUUGGGGUUGUUCCGAAUUUACAUGUCUAUAAUGUCUUGAUUCACGCUUGUUCCAAGUCCGGGGAUGUAGAGAAGGCCGAUGAAUUGUUGAGUGAAAUGGAGUCGAAAAACGUGUUUCCGGAUAUUUUCACGUACAACACGUUGAUUUCGCUGUACUGCAAAAAGGGUAUGCAUUACGAGGCUUUAUCCGUUCAAGAUAGGAUGGAAAGAGGAGGAGUAAGUCCCGAUAUUAUAACUUAUAAUUCGCUGAUUUAUAGUUAUUGUAGAGAAGGCAGAAUGAGAGAGGCUUUGAGGCUUUUUAAUGAUAUUAUUACGCGUGUUUCUCCGAACCAUGUGACGUAUACUACUUUGAUCGACGGGUAUUGCAGAGUUGGUGAUAUAAACGAAGCAUUAGCGCUUCGUGGUACAAUGGAGGCGAAAGGGUUGUACGUUGGGGUGGUGACUUAUAAUUCAAUUUUACGGAAAUUAUGCGAAGAGGGGCGGAUACAAGAUGCGAAUAAACUGUUGAAUGAAAUGAGUGGCAGAAAAAUCGAAGCGGAUAAUGUCACGUGCAAUACAUUAAUCAAUGCGUAUUGCAAGAUCGGAGAUAUGAAAUCCGCUUCGAAAAUCAAGAACAAGAUGUUGGAGGCCGGAUUAAAACCCGAUGAAUUCACUUACAAGGCAUUGAUUCAUGGAUUCUGCAAAUCAAGGGAUGUAAUAAGUGCGAAAGAGAUUUUACUCGAUAUGAUCGGCUCUGGAUUUUCUCCGAGUUAUUGCGUAUAUUCAUGGCUUGUGGAUUUUUUAAACGACGACGAGGCUGUCUUGAAACUGCCGGACGAGUUGGUGGAAAAGGGUCUCUGUGCUGAUGUCACGGUUUAUCGGGCGAUAAUUCGGAGGCUGUGUAAGAAAGAAAGAAUCGACUGUGCUCGAAGGGUGUUCGUAAAUAUGCAGACGAAGGGCAUAUUAGGAGAUGCUGUUAUAUAUACUAAUCUGGCUUAUGCGUAUUCGAGAUGUGGCGAUGCUGUAUCUGCUUCGGCUUUGUUCGACGAAAUGUAUAAGAGGAGAUUGAUGGUGACUUUGAAAAUAUUCAAAAGUAUUAACGCUUCGUACGCGAAUGAUAGCGGCUCGUUAGACGUGUUGUGGAAAAGUAUGGUCGAGAGAGGAUUGAUUUCGAAAAGUAUCUACAAACAAAUCCAGCAACUGAAUAUGUAAUUCUAACUAGAAAUUGACGACGUCUCGACAAAACGGUGCUUCGGGUUUAUUUUUUUUGGCAGGAAAAGGGCAACCAGAUGAUGGAGAAGGCAAGCAAUGCUGCACAGUCUGCCAAAGAAUCGAUGCAGGAG